GCAACUCUCCAUACAACAUAUUUAGAAUACAUCUAAGGCAGAUUGAUAUUUUUGAGCGAUUCACCCUAUUUUGAUAUAACAUGUUGAAGAAACUCAAGUGCAUGGAGGCGGUUCAGGCAGCAGCGGCAGCAGCAUCAUCAUCAUCUGGAGGAUCCCCGGGCUCGAAUUCCGCAUCGAAGCUGAUCAAGACCGAACCGAUUGACUUCGAGAUGCUGCAUUUGGAGGAGAACGAGAGGCAGCGCGACUUGGAGCGGGAGCCGAGCAGCAGUAAUGGCAACAGCCUGACCCCAACCCCCCAGCGGUACACCCACGUUCAGGUGCAGACCGUUCCGCCCCGCCAGCCCACGGGUCUGACCACGCCCGGUGGAACCCAGAAGGUCAUCCUGACCCCACGCGUGGAGUAUGUCCAGCAGCGAGCCACCAGUUCUACGGCGGGUGUACCGAGCGGUGUGAAGCACAUCUACAGCCAGCCGCAGGGAUCAUCACGAUCCUCGUCAGCUGAGGCCACAGCUCUGCUGACCACCACCUCGGGCACCCCCCAGAUCAUCAUCACCCGCACCCUGCCCUCCAAUCAGCACUUGUCGCGUCGCCACUCGGCCAGUCCCUCGGCCCUGCACCACUACCAGCAGCAACAGCAACAGCAGCAGCAGCAACCACAGCGACAACAGCAAUCGCCACCACCGUUGCACCACCAACAACAGCAGCAGCAACAUGUCCGCGUGAUCCGCGAUGGCCGCCUGUACGAUGAAGCCACUGUGGUGGUGGCCCGGCGGCAUUCUGUGUCGCCACCACCGCUGCACCACCACUCCAGAUCGGCCCCUGUAUCCCCGGUGAUUGCCAGGCGGGGAGGAAGUGGAGGAGCCUAUAUGGAGCAGCAGUAUCAGCACAGGCAGACGCCACCUUUGGCACCACCUCCGCCGCCUCCACCGCCGCCACCACCACCACCCCCACCCCAACAGCAGCAGCAGCAAUACAUCUCCAGUGGUGUUGCACCACCCACGGCGGCGGCCAGGAAGUUUGUGGUUAGCACCAGCACGCGACACGUUAACGUGAUUGCCUCCAAUCAUUUCCAGCAGCAACAUCAGUCGCAGCAGCAGCAGCAACAUCAGUCGCAUCAGCAACACCAGCAACAUGUGAUUGCCAGCGUUAGUUCUAGUAGUGGCUCCGGCUCUUCUUCUUCGCACAUCUUUCGCACGCCCGUGGUAUCCAGCAGCAGCAGCAGCAACAGCGGUGGCAACAGCAACAUGCACCACCAGCAGCAACAGCAACAGCAGCAAUCGAACCUGGGCAACUCGGUGAUGCGGCCACCACCGCCGCCGCCUCCGCCCAAGGUCAAACACGCCUCCAGCUCCAGCAGCAGCAGCUCGAGCAGCAGCAACACCAACGGCGGCAGCAGCAGCAGCGGCGAGGAGCCGUCUAGCUCGAUUCCUGAUCUAGAAUUCGAUGGCACAACGGUGCUGUGUCGCGUUUGCGGGGACAAGGCCUCCGGUUUCCAUUACGGCGUGCAUUCCUGCGAGGGUUGCAAGGGCUUCUUCCGUCGCUCCAUCCAGCAAAAGAUCCAGUAUCGCCCCUGCACCAAAAAUCAACAGUGCAGCAUUCUGCGCAUCAAUCGCAAUCGCUGUCAAUAUUGCCGCCUGAAAAAGUGCAUCGCCGUGGGCAUGAGUCGCGAUGCUGUGCGUUUUGGACGCGUGCCGAAGCGCGAAAAGGCGCGCAUCCUGGCGGCCAUGCAACAAAGUACCCAGAAUCGCGGCCAACAGAGGGCCCUCGCCACCGAGCUGGACGACCAGCCACGCCUCCUCGCCGCCGUGCUGCGCGCCCACCUCGAGACCUGCGAGUUCACCAAGGAGAAGGUCUCGGCGAUGCGGCAGCGGGCGCGGGAUUGCCCCUCCUACUCCAUGCCCACACUUUUGGCCUGUCCGCUGAACCCCGCCCCUGAGCUGCAGUCGGAGCAGGAGUUCUCACAGCGUUUCGCCCACGUAAUCCGCGGCGUGAUCGACUUUGCCGGCAUGAUUCCCGGCUUCCAGCUGCUCACCCAGGACGACAAGUUCACGCUCCUGAAGGCGGGACUCUUCGAUGCGCUGUUCGUGCGCCUGAUCUGCAUGUUUGACUCCUCGAUAAACUCGAUCAUCUGCCUGAAUGGCCAGGUGAUGCGACGGGAUGCGAUCCAGAAUGGAGCCAACGCCCGCUUCCUGGUGGACUCCACCUUCAAUUUCGCGGAGCGCAUGAACUCGAUGAACCUGACAGACGCCGAGAUCGGCCUGUUUUGCGCCAUCGUUCUAAUUACCCCCGAUCGGCCGGGUCUGCGCAACCUGGAGCUGAUCGAGAAGAUGUACUCGCGGCUCAAGGGCUGCCUGCAGUACAUUGUGGCCCAGAACAGGCCCGAUCAGCCCGAGUUCCUGGCCAAGUUGCUGGAGACAAUGCCCGAUCUGCGCACCCUGAGCACCCUGCACACCGAGAAGCUGGUGGUCUUCCGCACCGAGCACAAGGAGCUGCUGCGCCAGCAGAUGUGGUCCAUGGAGGAUGGUAACAAUGGCAGCGACAAGUCGCCCACCGGCAGCUGGGCCGAUGCCAUGGACGUGGAGGCGGCCAAGAGUCCGCUGGGCUCGGUCUCCAGUUCGGAAUCUGCGGAUCUGGACUACGGCAGUCCGAGCAGUUCGCAGCCACAGGGCGUGCCCUCCUCUUCGCCCCCUCAGCAGCAGCAGCAGCAACAGCCGUCUGCCUUGGCCAGUUCUGCUCCCCUGCUGGCCGCCACCCUCUCCGGCGGCUGUCCGCUGAGGAAUCGGGCCAAUUCCGGCUCCAGCGGCGACUCCGGAGCAGCCGACAUGGACAUUGUUGGCUCGCACGCGCAUCUCACCCAGAACGGGCUGACAAUCACGCCGAUCGUAAGACACCACCAGCAGCAGCAACAGCAGCAGCAGCAGCAGCAACAUCCGCUGUGCCACCAGCAGCAGCAUCCCCAGUUGCACCACCACCUGACCGCCGGAGCGGCACGCUACAGGAAACUGGAUUCGCCCACGGAUUCGGGCAUCGAGUCGGGCAACGAGAAGAACGAGUGCAAGGCCGUCAGUUCGGGAGGCUCUAGCUCGUGCUCCAGUCCGCGUUCCAGCGUGGACGACGCUCUGGAUUGCAGUGAUGCCGCCGCCGCCAAUCAGGUGGUGUCCCAGGUGGUGCAGCAUCCCCAGCUGAGUGUGGUGGCCGUUUCGCCCGUCCGCUCGCCGCAGCCCUCGAGCAGCGGUCAUCUCAAGCGGCAGAUUGUCGAGGACAUGCCCGUGCUGAAGCGCGUGCUGCAGGCUCCGCCGCUGUACGACACCAACUCGCUGAUGGACGAGGCCUACAAGCCGCACAAGAAGUUCCGGGCGCUGCGCCAUCGGGAAUUCGAGACCGCCGAGGCGGAUGCCAGCAGUUCCACCUCCACCGGAUCGAACAGCCUGAGUGCCGGCAGUCCGCGGCAGAGCCCGGUGCCGAAUAGUGUGGCCACGCCGCCGCCACCUUCCCUCGGUAAUCCCGCCCAGAGCCAGCUGCACAUGCACCUGACCCGCGCCAGUCCCAAGGCCUCGAUGGCCAGCUCGCACUCGGUGCUGGCCAAGUCGCUGAUGGCCGAGCCGCGGAUGACGCCCGAGCAGAUGAAGCGCAGCGACAUCAUCCAGAACUACUUGAAGCGCGAGAACAGCACGGCGGCCACGGCCAGCAGCACCACCAACGGAUUGGGAAUGGGACUGGGUAACCGCAGUCCCAGCAGCAGCUCCACGCCACCGCCGCCGCAGCAGCAGCAGCGGUGGGGCAGCAGCUCGGUGAUCACCACCACCUGCCAGCAGCGCCAGCAGUCCGUUUCGCCGCACAGCAAUGGCUCGAGCUCUAGUUCGUCCUCCAGUUCGUCCUCCAGUUCGUCCUCCACCUCCUCCACCACGUCCACCUCCUCCAACUGCAGCAGCAGCAGCAGUUCGGCCGGCAGCUGCCCGUACUUCCAGUCGCCGCACUCGACGAGCAACGGAAGUGGAAGCGUGGCUCCAGCCAGCUCCAGCGGCACCCCGGCCCUCCUCGAACUCCAGGUGGACAUUGCCGAUUCGGCGCAGCCGCUCAAUCUGUCCAAGAAGUCGCCCACGCCGCCGCCCAGCAAGCUGCACGCUUUGGUGGCCGCCGCCAAUGCCGUUCAGCGGUAUCCCACCCUCUCGGCCGACGUCACGGUGACCGCCUCGAAUGGCAACGGUCCGCCGUCGGCGGCGGCCAGUCCGGCGCCCAGCAGCAGUCCGCCAGUGGGAGUGGGAUCCCCCAAUCCCCCGGGACUGAGCAGCGCCGUGCACACGGUCAAGAUGGAGGCGUAAGCGGGGGAGGGAGGCGCAUGGAGAGACAGAGACUGGGAGUGGCAGUUCAGCGAAGGAAGCAGGAUCGACAGGGAUCGCCAGGAGUUGAAUUAAAUUAUUUUACCUUUUAAUUGAGCCGUGU